CCGGAAGGAAGGCCAAGCGCGAAGGCGGCGAGGCAAGAUGGCGGCCACCAAGAGAAAGCGGCGUGGGGGCUUGUCUACUCCGGCCAAGAAGCCAAAGAAAAGUGAAAAAGAUGCCGCGGCGUCAGCGAAGAAGCUAAGCGACGUAGUCGAAGAGGAGGAAGAAGAUCGAAACCGUAUCCCAGGCCCCGUUUGCAAGGGCAAGUGGAAAAAUAAGGAACGAGUUCUCAUCUUUUCUUCCAGAGGAAUAAAUUUCAGAACAAGACAUUUAAUGCAAGAUUUGAGAAUGUUGAUGCCUCAUUCUAAAGCAGAUACUAAAAUGGAUCGCAAAGAUAAGUUGUUUGUGAUUAAUGAGGUUUGUGAAAUGAAAAACUGCAACAAAUGUAUUUAUUUUGAAGCUAAGAAGAAACAAGAUCUCUACAUGUGGCUUUCAAAUUCACCUCAUGGACCAUCUGCUAAAUUCCUUGUUCAAAAUAUUCAUACUCUAGCUGAACUAAAGAUGACUGGAACUGUUUUGAAAGGUUCCCGACUUUUGUCCUUUGAUCCAGCUUUUGAUGAAGCACCACAUUAUACUUUGUUAAAAGAACUCUUAAUUCAGAUCUUUAGUACUCCACGGUACCAUCCCAGAAGCCAACCAUUUGUGGAUCAUGUGUUUACUUUUACCAUUUUGGACAAUAGGAUCUGGUUCCGGAACUUUCAAAUCAUAGAAGAAGAUGCUGCUCUUGUAGAAAUAGGACCUCGUUUUGUGUUAAACCUCAUAAAGAUUUUCCAGGGAAGUUUUGGAGGACCAACUUUAUAUGAAAAUCCUCACUACCAGUCACCAAAUAUGCAUCGGCGUAUCAUAAGGUCCAUCACGGCUGCAAAAUACAAAGAGAGACAGCAAGUGAAAGAUGUGCAGAAAUUGAGAAAGAAAGAACCAAAGACAAUUCUUCCACAUGAUCCCACUGCUGAUGUUUUCAAUGUGCCAGCUGAGGAAAAACCGAUAGAAAUACAGUGGGUAAAACCAGAGCCAAAAGUGGAUUUGAAAGCAAGAAAGAAAAAGAUUUACAAAAGGCAAAGAAAACUGCAAAAGAAGAUGAACAAUAGAAAUACAAAAUAAAUCAAUGGAUAACUAA